GAUUGUGCAACAUCUGAACAAUCACGAACUGAUAUGCGAGAAAAAAGUGCAACUAGUAUAUAAAGGAAGUUUCUAACUGCAUUUGUACAGUUAUAGUCUUUCCCUAUAACCGAAAGAAUCAAUUACGAAGUCAACAUGAAAGCGAUAUUCGCAGUAGUGCUUGCGGCACUCUGUGUGGCUGCUUAUGGUGCUGAGAUCAGCUGCCCUCCAGUCAAUGGUGUGGACGUUACUAUACUUCCGAAUCCAGAGGACUGCAAAACUUUCUACAUCUGUAACGAAGGCAUACCGUAUCUGAUGAACUGCCCCCCUGGACAGGAAUUCAACGCUGAAUUAAGAGUAUGUGAUUUGCCAGAGCAAGCAAAUUGCGUAGCAUCGGGCCACAAACCAACCCAUCCACCACGACCAUCAACUACAACCCCUCCUCCAGCAAAACCAUCAACUACACCAACCCCUCCACCACCAGGACUAAUAAAUACAACAACCCCCGCAGUUGAAGGAACUACUCCAACUCCAGCACAAAAUUGUCUUGGAUAGACAAUUAUAUAAAACAUGCAAUAUAAAGAUGCAGAUAUUUCGGACAUAAUGUAUUUGUAUUUUCUGACAAAUUCAGUUUUAAUGAAAAUAAGUACAUGUAUUACAAUUUAUUAAUGAAUACGGAGAUGUUCAAUAUAAUUCAAAAGCAAUAAAGUUGUU